AUGUCUUUCCAGAACUUUGAAUCUUUCCCCAACCAGCACCCCGCUGCGGACGCUGCCGGUGCGGCCCCUGGCGCCCCUGCUCCCGCGGACACGGCCAUGACCGGUCAGGCCGACCCUACGACCGCCGCGUUCCAGGGUCCUGCUCCCGGUGAACCCAAUGCUGCCGUUCCCCAGCAGGGCAACGAUGGCAAGACUACGCUCUGGAUGGGUGAGCUUGAGCCUUGGAUUGACGAGAACUUCGUUCGCAACCUCUGGUUCCAGAUGGGCGAGCAGGUCAAUGUCAAGAUGAUCCGCGACAAGUUCUCUGGGAGCAACGCCGGCUACUGCUUCGUCGAUUUUGCCUCUCCCGCCGCCGCUGCCAAGGCCCUGUCCCUGAACGGCACCCCCAUGCCCAACACCAACCGUCUCUUCAAGCUGAACUGGGCUACCGGUGGAGGUCUUGCCGACCGCAGCCGUGACGACCGUGGCCCCGAGUACUCCAUCUUCGUUGGUGACCUCGGCCCCGAGGUCAACGAAUACGUCCUCGUCUCUCUCUUCCAGAGCCGUUUCCCCUCGUGCAAGUCCGCCAAGAUCAUGACCGACCCCAUCAGCGGCAUGUCCCGUGGCUACGGCUUCGUUCGUUUCUCCGACGAGAACGACCAGCAGCGUGCUCUCAGCGAGAUGCAGGGUGUCUACUGCGGCAACCGUCCCAUGCGCAUCUCCACUGCCACCCCCAAGAACAAGGGUCCCGGUGUUGUUCCCGGUGCCAUGGGUAUGCCCGGUCCCGCGGGCAUGUACCCCCCUAUGGGUGCUCCUCCCAUGGGCUUCUACGGCGCUCCUCAGCCCAUGAACCAGUUCACCGACCCCAACAACACCACCGUGUUCGUCGGCGGACUCUCUGGCUACGUCACCGAGGAUGAGCUCCGCUCUUUCUUCCAGGGAUUCGGCGAGAUCACCUACGUCAAGAUUCCCCCUGGAAAGGGCUGCGGUUUCGUCCAGUUCGUUCAGCGCCACGCUGCCGAGAUGGCCAUCAACCAGAUGCAGGGAUACCCCAUCGGUAACUCUCGCGUGCGCUUGAGCUGGGGCCGCUCUCAGAACAACUCCGGUCCCGCCGGCAGCCCCUACCGCCCUGCUCCCCCUCCGCCUCCGAUGUACCCUUCUAUGGGCAUGCCCCCUGCCCACCAGUACGGCGGUUUUGCACCUAUGAAGGUUGGUGGUCACCCUGAAGACACUGCUUAA